AUGGCCGGACUGGUGUCCGAUCCAUUUUCCAGUUCCUCCACUCAGUCUAGCACUAAAAACCUCAUUGGUGAUCAAAACAAGGCCGGACAGGUGUCUGAUCCAUUUUCCAAAUUCUCUACUCAGUCUAGCACUAGAAACCUCAUUGGUGAUCAAAACAAGCCCGGACUGGUGUCCGAUCCAUUGACCAUUCCCUCUAGUCAGUCUAGCACUAGAAACCUCAUUGGUGAUCAAAACAAGGCCGGACUGGUGUCCGUUCCAUUGACCAUUCCCUCUACUCAGUCUAGCACUAGAAACCUCAUUGGUUAUCAAAACAAGCCCGGACUGGUGUCCGAUCCAUUGACCAUUCCCUCUACUCGGUCUAGCACUAGAAACCUCGCCCGCACAUUUGUGUCCGAUCCAUUGACCAUUCCCUCUACUCAGUCUAGCACUAGAAACCUCAUUGGUGAUCAAAACAAGGCCGGACUGGUGUCCGAUCCAUUGACCAUUCCCUCUACUCAGUCUAGCACUAGAAACCUCAUUGGUGAUCAAAACAAGCCCGGACUGGUGUCCGAUCCAUUGAACAUUCCCUCUACUCAGUCAAGCACUAGAAAUCUCAUUGGUGAUCAAAACAAGCCCGGACUGGUGUCCGAUCCAUUGACCAUUCCCUCUACUCAGUCUAACACUAGAAACCUCAUUGGUGAUCAAAACCAGGCCGGACUGGUGUCCGAUCCAUUGACCAUUCCCUCUACUCAGUCUAGCACUAGAAACCUCAUUGGUGAUCAAAACAGGCCCGGACUGGUGUCCGAUCCAUUGACCAUUCCCUCUACUCAGUCUAGCACUAGAAACCUCAUUGGUGAUCAAAACAAGGCCGGACUGGUGUCCGAUCCAUUGACCAUUCCCUCUACUCAGUCUAGCACUAGAAACCUCAUUGGUGAUCAAAACAAGCCCGGACUGGUGUCCGAUCCAUUGAACAUUCCCUCUAUUCAGCCUAGCACUAGAAACCUCAUUGGUGAUCAAAACAAGCCGGGCCUAGUUCCAAUUCACAGCGCAUAG